ACAGGUAUGGCCUCGCAAGUGCAAGUGUUCUCCCCUCACACUCUCCAGUCAAGUGCCUUCUUUAGCGUGAAGAAACUGAAGGUGGAGCAGAGUUGUAACUGGGAUAUGACAGGGUACGGCACACACAGCAAAGUCUACAGCCACAACAGCAGCAAGAACGUGUCGGCCACCAGUGGCCCCCUGGGCAUCAACAGCUCCCUGCAGGUCGCCAGCUCCACCCUGCCCUACGAGCAGGCGCUCAUCUUCCCGGCCAGCGCGGGCCACAUCGUGGUCGCCUCAGCCAGCAGCACCUCGGGGGCUGUGGGGUCUCUGCUGGGCAGCGGGGGUGGAGGCAGCAGCAGCAACGGUAGUGGUGGUGGAGGUGGCGGGGGCGGCAGCGGCGCGGGUGGCGGGGUUGGCGUUCACAACCUGACACGCCGCAGCACGGUCAGCCUUCUUGACACCUACCAGCGAUGCGGGCUUAAACGCAAGAGCGAGGAGCUUGACAACAACAGCAGCGUGCAGAUCAUUGAGGAGCACGGUCCGCCAAUGAUCCAGAACGGAGCGGCCAGCGGAGCCACGGUGGCUACGGUGGCCACCGCCACCUCCACCGCCACGUCCAAGAACAGCGGCUCCAACAACGAGGGCGACUACCAGCUGGUGCAGCAUGAGGUGCUCUGCUCCAUGACCAACACCUACGAAGUCCUGGAGUUCCUGGGACGCGGCACCUUCGGGCAGGUGGUGAAGUGCUGGAAGAGGGGAACCAACGAGAUUGUGGCAAUCAAGAUCCUGAAAAACCACCCGUCGUACGCACGGCAGGGCCAGAUCGAGGUCAGCAUCCUGGCGCGGCUCAGCACCGAGAGCGCGGAUGACUACAACUUUGUGAGGGCCUACGAGUGCUUCCAGCACAAAAACCACACGUGCCUGGUAUUCGAGAUGUUGGAGCAGAACUUGUACGAUUUCCUCAAGCAGAACAAGUUCAGCCCUCUGCCCCUCAAAUACAUCAGACCCGUGCUGCAGCAGGUGGCCACAGCGCUGAUGAAACUGAAGAGCCUGGGGCUGAUUCACGCUGACCUGAAGCCAGAGAACAUCAUGCUCGUGGACCCGUCUCGACAGCCGUACCGGGUCAAAGUCAUUGACUUUGGCUCAGCCAGCCAUGUGUCCAAAGCAGUCUGCUCCACUUACCUACAGUCCAGAUACUACAGGGCGCCGGAGAUCAUCCUGGGCCUGCCGUUCUGCGAGGCCAUCGACAUGUGGUCCCUGGGCUGUGUGAUAGCCGAGCUCUUCCUGGGAUGGCCCCUCUACCCCGGAGCCUCCGAGUACGAUCAGAUCCGGUACAUCUCACAGACGCAGGGCCUGCCUGCAGAGUAUCUGUUGAGCGCAGGGACGAAGACCACCAGGUUCUUCAACAGAGAUCCGGACUCUACCUAUCCCCUCUGGAGACUCAAGACUCCAGAGGACCAUGAGGGUGAAACAGGGAUCAAGUCCAAGGAGGCCCGCAAGUAUAUCUUCAACUGCUUGGACGACAUGGCGCAGGUUAACAUGACGUCGGAUCUGGAGGGGAGCGACAUGCUGGCGGAGAAGGCGGACCGCAGGGAGUUCAUCGACUUGUUAACCAAGAUGCUGACCAUCGAUGCGGACAAGAGGAUCACCCCGAUUGAAACGCUCAACCACCCCUUUGUCACCAUGUCACAUCUCCUCGAUUUCCCACACAGCACACACGUGAAGUCAUGCUUCCAGAACAUGGAGAUCUGCAAGCGUCGCGUCAACAUGUACGACACCGUCAACCAGAGCAAGACGCCCUUUAUCACCCACGUGGCUCCCAGCACCUCCACCAACCUCACCAUGACCUUCAACAACCAGCUUAACACUGUGCACAGCCAGGUGAGAGUGGGAAACAUCCAGCUCAUCACCGCGCAUCUGUAUUCUGCCGGGCAGCCAGUCGCCGUACUGCUGUCACAUGCAAGUAUGCAAAUGAGCCUGGCUGCGGUUUAUUGCUUCUGCAUGGCGGGUUCCACUAAAGUUUUGACAGAGCAGCUGAUAUAGACUGUAUAUUAAAAA